UAAGCGGGGCCCGGCGGGGGCGCGGCCGCUCUUCUGCCUCUCCCGCGGCCAUCGGGGGCUGCAGGCAGGGGAAGCGACAGGUGAUGAAGCUUCUGGAAAAAAGACAAAAUGCAUCGAGGGAUGUUAUUCUUGACACCCCAGGGCAAAUGGAGGUAUUCGCAUGGUCAGCGUCAGGAACCAUCCUACCCGAGGCCUUGGCUUCCUCUUUUCCUUCGGUUGCUGUGUGUGUGCCGGACACCUCUGGCAGGACUAACCCUAUGGCUUUUCUGUCCAACGUGCUGUAUGCCUACAGUAUCCUGUACAAGACAAAGCUACCUUUCGUUGUAGUCAUGACGAAAACUGACAUAAUUGACCACAGUUUUGCAGUGGAAUGGAUGCAGGACUUUGAGAAUUCUCAGGAUGUCCUGAAUCAAGAGACCUCCUAU